AUGGCCGACCCCUACAAGCCCGUCAUCGCCAUCGCCGGCUUGGCGUGCGAGACCUCCACCUACACCCCGACCCGGACCCUGGCCCCCGCAUUCCACCCCGUUCGCGGCGACGAGAUCAUCACCAGGGCCUACCCCUUCCUCACGCCCGGCGAACCCCUCGGCGACGCAGCCGAGUGGCACGGCGCCCUCAUCGGCCAUGCCAUGCCCGGCGGUGUCGUCGCCCGCGCCGCCUUCGAGGAGCUCGCCGGGGAGAUCGUCCGGCGGCUGACGGACAUCGUCGCCAACGUGCCUAGCCUCGACGGCCUGUGGUUCGACAUCCACGGCGCCAUGGUCGUCGAGGACAUGCAGGACGCCGAGGCCGAGCUGUUGCGCCGCGUCCGCGGCGUCGUCGGCCAGGACACCAUCGUGUCCGCGUCGAUGGACCUGCACGGCAACGUGUCGCGCGAGCUCGCCCACCAGACCGACCUCAUCACCUGCUACCGCAUGGCCCCGCACGAGGACCACCUCAUCACCAAGGAGCGCGCGUGCCGCAACCUCGUGGACGUGCUGAACGAGCGGGUGCGCGACCAGCGGCGCCCGAUCAAGGCCUGGAUCCCCCUGCCCAUCCUGCUGCCCGGCGAGCAGACCUCGACCCGCGUGGAGCCGGCGAAGCACAUCUACGCCGCCGUGGACGGGGUCGAGGACACGGAGGGCGUUCUGGACGCCGCCAUAUGGGUAGGCUAUGCCUGGGCAGAUGAGCGGCGUAACAGAGCCAUCGUGAUGGCCACGGGCUGGGAGCAGAGGGCCGUCGCCGCGGGCGCGGAGAAGCUGGCCAGACUGUUCUGGGACGCACAUGCCGACUUUGCUUUUGUGGGCAAGGCGGGCUCGUUCAAGGAGUGCAUCGGCGCGGCGCUCAAGUCCAAGGCCCGGCCGUUCUUCAUCUCCGACUCGGGCGACAACCCCACUGCCGGCGGCUCUGGCGACAUGACCUGGGGCCUGACGAGGCUGCUGGAACGACCAGAGUUCAAGGAUCCCUCGGGGCCGACCGUCAUCUACGCAAGCGUGCCCGGGCCCAAAGCAGUUGAGACGGCUGUGCAGGCGGGUGUUGGUGCCACCGUCACAGUCACAGCUGGUGCCGAGGUCGACCAUGUUCAUUCCGGGCCCAUUACCAUGACCGGCAGGGUUCACGCCAUCAAGUUUGGCGACAAGAACGCAGAGGUAGAAGUAGUCAUCCAGGUCGGUAGCGUCUAUGCCAUCCUGACUCGGUUACGCAAACCGUACCACAAGGAGCAUGACUUUACCGAUCUCAACCUGAAGCCGCGCGAAGCAGACAUUGUCAUUGUCAAAAUCGGCUACCUGGAGCCGGAGCUGCAUAACAUGGCUGCAGACUGGAUGCUGGGCUUGACGCCGGGAGGUGUCGAUCAGGAUAUCGAGCGCCUCGGGCACCACCACAUCAGGAGGCCGAUGUGGCCGUUCGACAAGAAGUUUGAAAAGGAGCCGGAUCUCAGAGCGCGGAUCAUAUCAAUGUCAAACGAGCCGCUGACUGAUCCUGAUGACUGA